CAAUCAGGAAGGAUUUCACUUUUUUCCCUCUUUCAGGAUCCCUUUUAAUUUCUUGCUGCAAUUUACUUUGGAAGAUGACUCAAAACACAGAAUAUUUUCAGGAGUGAAAAGGGAUCCUGGCCUGAACUAACCAACUUGGUCUCCUGUUUUGGGCCCUCCUGUGCCUCUCAUGUGCCUCCUUCUCUUCCUUCCAUCCAGCCAAGCCCACCGUCACCAUCUCCCCCACCAAGAUGGAUCCCGCUUCCCCCAACACCAUCCUCCUCUGCACCGCCACGGGCUUUUACCCCCUGGAGAUCGAGAUCCAGUGGCUGAAGAACGGGAAGCUGGAAGAGGAGGGCGUGGCCUUCGGGGAGGAGCUCCAGAAUGGAGACUGGACCUACCAGCUCCAGGUGAUGCUGGAGACCCAGCCCCAGCGGGGGGACGUCUAUACUUGCCAGGUGGGGCAUGUCAGCAUGGAGGCCCCCAUCAGCGUCCAGUGGGAGCCCCGUUCCUCCAGCUCUGCCAGGAGCAAACUCUGGACAGGGAUCAUGGGGGCCGUGAUUGGAGUGGCCUUCCUGGCUGUGGGGCUCUUCUCCUACCUGAAGAACAAGAAAGGUGAGUCUGGGGGGCUGGAGGAGAGGUUGUGGGGAGGGGACGAUCUAGGGGAGGACUCUCAUCGAGCUCAGCAGGUGGCCAAGAGGGACUCCUUGAGGAAUAGUUUUGGGAACUUCUUCAUCCAACCUCCUGCAG